AUGGUAAAUACAAGACAGUCGCCUAAGAAGACUGAAAACCCUUUUACGCAAAAUCUUUCUACUACCUCUCGUGACCCUUUAAUUAGGACCCCACGAUUUCUUCGUUCUACUAUUCAAGUUGACGCCGAGGAACCUACUUCUUCUACCACUGAUUCUGAGAGGAGCUCACCAACUACGCGAUUAUCGGAACCUUUCGAGUACAGCAAUAUGCCUCCAAAAAGAACUCCGGUUUCGAAGAUCCAAAAGACCGCUGCGUCGCCAUCUUCUCAACUAUCGGAUCUACACGAACAUCCGCAAUACCAGCUGAUGAGAGAUGAAUUGGAAGCACGCCUCCGUGCGGAGAUUAUACAAGAAUUUGAGGCAGUCAAGGAAAGAGAAGCCCGAAAUCGGCCAUUACUACAGCAAGGUGCAUCCCCAAGUCAUACGAUUCCAAGCAUCGAAAGAGAAUCUACCAAUCCGGAGAGUUCUGCCCCGCCUUUGGGUAGGAACGUUUCUUUCGCAUCUGCACCACCUGUUGCAGACAAUCGUUUUAGUACCCCUGUUUCGUCGAUCGCUUCUACAAGACCCGACAAGAUCCCACUUUUAUCUGCAAAGCUAAAUACAGGAGUGGAGCCAGAUAUCUCACCGGAGUUAUGGCGAAAGAAUAUUGAAGUUCGCUUCCAGCAAUACAACUAUGCAUUCAAUUCCGAACUGAUCCGAAUGGCAUAUGUUAUGGACAACGUGGAAGGAACCGCCCGUACUUUCUUGGAGCCUUAUUGGCUUCGAGAUCUAGCUGCAACUGCAGAAGAGUUAAUUGACCUGGUCGUCAAUUUCCUUUCCGACCCCUCAAAAGCCGAAAAAGCGAAUGAUAAGUAUCAAGAGCUGGCAAUGACUAAGCAUGAAGAAUUUCGGACGUUUUACCAUCAGUUCCGAUCUCUGGCUAGCCAAGCUCAGAUUCAUGAUGAGAAAACUCUUCGUAUUGAUUUACGGAGGAAAGUCCCCCUCCGCCUUCGCUCUUUCGCCGCUAAUGAUUACCGGAAGACAACCUCUCUGCAAGAUUAUGUCGAUUCCCUAACUCAUUUCGAUCAAGAGUUUCGUUCCCAAGAAGUUACAACUGGUAAAAGUUUUGGUGCUUACCGCGAUCCCCCGGCAGUUCGCUAUUCUAAAUCCCAAGGAAAAAAGAAUAAUCAAGAAGAGCAUCCAAUUAAGCAAUCUAGUAGCAAUCGCAACACCGACCGUCUACAACCUGAUACUCCACCUUCUCAACUCUUUAUACCUUCUCGCAGUGGUCAUCCAAAAGGUAAUAAUCCCGAUAAUCACCGCAUCCGUCAAGAUAGCGAGAAACCGAAUGUAAAGUUCGAACGAAGAGAUACUCCUCGUAUUAAUGAGUUAAACCCUAUCGAUCACACCGACAACGAAGCCUCUGAAGAUGACGAACCACAGCCCUCGAGAGCAAAAGACGACGCCUAG